GCGCGAGCUGAAGUUGUGUCACUCAGUAAGUCAGUCAGUCAGUCCAUGGUACCGCUGCCGAGCAGAUAACCUGCGAAAAGAUUCGUAAAUUGGAAACGCCAAGACGAACAACUAUUUUAUAAAAGAUAAUAUCUCAAGAACAGUUAAUCUGUUCCAGGCCCUACACACUGAGUGUAAGUUAGGGCAGCAGCAAUGUCAGGCGCCUACGAUGACUCCAUGAUCGAUGUGUCCAGUGACAGCUUCUGGGAGAUUGGUAACUACAAGCGUACGGUGAAACGGGUUGAUGAUGGCAAUCGGCUCUGUAAUGAGCUCAUGAGCUGCCUUCAUGAGCGGGCGCGCAUUGAAAAGGCCUACGCACAGCAGCUCACAGAAUGGGGAAAACGUUGGCGGCAACUUAUAGAAAAAGGGCCUCAGUAUGGCUCUUUGGAGCGAUCGUGGGCUGCCCUGUGCACAGAGGCGGAGAAGGUCAGCGAUCUUCACAUGGAGGUGAAAUCAGCAUUGAUGGGAGAAGAUUACGAGAAGCUGAAGAACUGGCAGAAAGACGCCUACCAUAAACAAAUGAUCGGUGGCUUCAAAGAGACAAAAGAGGCCGAAGAUGGUUUCCGUAAGGCUCAGAAACCUUGGGCCAAGAAACUUAAAGAGGUGGACGUGAUGAAGAAGUCUUACCAUUCGGCCUGCAAAGAAGAAAAGCUGGCCGUCAGCAGAGAAGCUAACAGCAAACUGGAGAGCAACAACAACCCCGAGGCUCAGAAGAAACUCCAGGAAAAGGUGGAGAAGUGUCAGCAGGAGGUCCAAAAGACUAAAGAACGCUAUGAGAAAUCCCUCGACGAGCUUGACAAGUUGAACUCUCAGUAUAUGGAGAACAUGGAGCAGGUGUUUGAGCAGUGGCAGCAGUUUGAAGACAAACGGAUUUGCUUUUUCAAAGAGUUGCUACUGGAAGUUAAACAGCACCUGGACCUCUCAGCCAAUCCCAGAUUCCAGACAGUCUACCACACGCUGGAAGACACAAUCACUGCUACAGAUGCUGAAGAAGACCUAAAAUGGUUCCGGUCCAAUCACGGCCCAGGCAUGCCAAUGAACUGGCCCCAGUUUGAGAAUUUGGACUGGUCGCAUCCUCGCUCCUUUAAGAGAAGGUCCAUUGUAGACUGGUCCAUAGACCUGAACCGAACCAUGAGCAGACGAGAAAAGAAGAAACCAUCAGAGGGCGUCACACUGACAGGAAUCAGUCAGACUGGGUCAGACCAGCCUGUCCAGCCUGCCAAGACCAGCAGCAGCCUGACUGUGCCCACUAAAACAGCACCAGUGGGCUCAAACCCAUUUGAAGAUGAUGAAGAUGAGGAGGAGGAGAUGGCAGAGGAGCAGCAAACCACAGUCAACCACAUCACUGUCAAUAAAGAGGAAAUAAAAACUGCCAGCAGCAAGGAAAAGACUCCAGACUGGUCAGAUGAGGAUGCAGCUGGUAACCCUUUCUCUGCCAACGGGGAAGGAAAUCCAUUUGAAGAUGAGCCGGCCUCUCCAGCUGUAUCUGUGCCUGUCAGAGCCCUUUAUGACUAUGAGGGACAGGAACAGGACGAGCUGAGCUUCAAAGCAGGGGAUGAAUUUACCAAAAUCGGGAAUGAAGAUGAUCAGGGUUGGUGCAAAGGCCGGCUCAAAGAUGGAAAAAUAGGCCUUUAUCCUGCUAAUUAUGUAGAGGACAUCCAGUAAUGAAUUAUAGGUGAUGGAUGUGAAGAGUGUUUUUGAGACUUGACAAUUCAGACAGAAACGGAGGACUCGGCCUGAUUUUACUCCGUUUGUGAAGACUGGAUGGAAGCAGGAGUUCUCUGGUUUUUACAAAAAGACCACCUGAUACCGUUUCUUCCUACAGACUGAAAAACCACGUUUCCAGACAACUUCAGGAAGAUCACAGAACAGUUGCUGUUUGUGUAAAAAAUGUCAAAUGUUACUUAAAAUCCCAUUUAUGCUGUUACAGAAAAAGCUAUUCAAAUAUAUAUUAGCUAAGACUCAAUGAAAUGUAUGUGUGAAUUUAUAUAUCGUCAAACGAAAACACUGGGAUGACAGUCGAGAGCUUGUCUUGCAAUAUUAAAUGCAGCCUUAAUAUGUGCGCCACUUUUAAUUCAUUAAGCGAGAUGAACAUUUUUAUAAACAGAAUUUACGCCAGUAGAAACCAGUCCAUUCUUGUAAAAUAAAUGUUUGUUUUUUGGCCGAAUUAAGCCUUCAUUGAAGCAUUUAAAAGUAGUGCUUACAUUAUCUUGUCAUUCAUUUUCAGGGUUUUGAUCAUCCUUUUCAGGUCCUAGCUGUUCUGGUUAUUUUAAGGAAUGAUAAAGAUCAUUAGCAUGUCAUCUUCACAUCUCCUUAACUCAUAAAUAAAUAGGUUUCAAGUCACUGCAGAUGAAUGUAUACUCAACGAUUGUAUUUUUUUUUUUUUCCUCACCUAUUGAUCACUUUUACUGACGUUAGCUCUUCACAACCACUGACCUAUUCCCCUCUCAUUGAUUGUAGAUUUUAGCAUUUGAUGGUUUUCUUUCAAGCAACACUGAAUGUUUUUCUCACUCUUCUACUUACUUGAAUCUUCAUGUUUGUAGUUCAAUCACUUCUCUCACUUAUGGGAGACAGUUGUAGUAUUUUGGUUCUUAAAACCAUACAAGUUUUAGCAAUAAAGCACAGGCAAGCAUGGUGUUGCGUACAUGCAUGCAUGCAUGUAAAUAGCCUGAUCUUGGCAUAUUAGAACAAAUUAAGCAUAACAAUCACAGGAAGUGCAGGUGAAAAUUGUUAAUUUGUGAAGCCACGUGCUUGUAUUUCGGUCUUUUUGGAAUACUGUGACUGAAAAUCAGUUUAUUAUUAAUUGAAUGUUUUAUUCUUUGCAUUUUUCCAUAAUUUUUCCUUCAUAGAGGGCCAUUUGCAUUGAAUUAAUCUGCAAGUUUUUAGUGAAUAGCUGUUCAUCUCUUAAAAGCUUAAUAUGAAUAGAUAAUUCUUUUUCACAACAAACACUUACUUUCCCCACUAAGUAUUUAGUCUGGUUGUAUUUCUGUAAAGAUAAACUGCAGACUUUUCUUCACAAGCUCUAAAUUUUGAAAUGCUUGAUUUAUCGUUUCCAUAUGUUUGUAACAAUGAGAAAUGGGAUGUUUUGCCAUGUUUUCAGGGCAUGCUGCUGUCAACAGGCUGUAGCAGCUGUACUUGCACAUUAAAUGUUUGUAAAUGUGUCACAACAUAAAUAAAUUGAUUUAUUGGACAAAAGGUUUUGGCCUUAUUA